AUGCCGGAACUGGAUCAGUUACUUACUAAGAAGGUCGCCGAUCGGUACCUGAAACGCGAAGUGCUUGGUGAAGGUACCUACGGUGUCGUUUACAAAGCUAUCGAUACCAAGACAGGGCAGACAGUUGCCAUUAAGAAAAUUCGACUUGGGAAGCAGAAGGAAGGGGUUAAUUUCACAGCAUUAAGAGAAAUUAAAUUGCUCAAAGAGCUUAAUGAUCCAAAUAUAAUUGAGUUGAUUGAUGCAUUCCCUCACAAGGGAAACUUGCACCUUGUGUUUGAAUUCAUGGAGACAGAUCUAGAAACAGUUAUUCGUGAUAGGAAUAUCGUGCUCUCACCAGCUGACAUAAAGUCCUACCUUCAGAUGACGCUAAAAGGACUUGCAUUUUGUCAUAAGAAAUGGGUUUUGCAUCGGGAUAUGAAACCCAACAACUUGUUGAUUGGAGCAGACGGACAGCUUAAACUCGCUGAUUUUGGUUUAGCUCGAAUAUUUGGGAGCCCAGAUCGAAGGUUCACUCACCAGGUCUUUGCUAGAUGGUAUAGAGCGCCUGAGCUGUUGUUUGGUGCCAAGCAGUAUGGCCCAGGGGUAGAUGUUUGGGCAGCAGCUUGUAUAUUUGCUGAACUACUGUUACGAAGACCUUUUCUGCAGGGAAAUAGUGAUAUCGAUCAAUUGGGAAAGAUCUUUGCGGUUUUUGGGACCCCAAAGUCAUCUCAAUGGCAAGAUAUGAUCUACCUUCCCGAUUAUGUGGAAUACCAAUACGUUCCUAGUCAAUCGCUACGUACAUUAUUUCCCAUGGCAAGUGAUGAUGCUUUGGACCUCUUAUCAAAGAUGUUCACUUACGAUCCGAAGGCUAGAAUAUCAGCGCAACAGGCGUUGGAGCACCGGUACUUUUCUUCUGUACCUCCACCUACAAAACCCGCUUCGCUACCUAGACCUCCACCAAAAAAGGAGUCAGCUAGUUUUAAGGUUUUGGAUUUUAAUUCACAUGGUGGUCCAACGGUAUUGUCUCCUCCAAGAAAGUCAAGGAGAGUGAUGCCGCAACGUGAGGGAUUUGAAGUGAAUACUCACCAGCUUGACAAGAUUGAUGAACAUGGGAACGAGAAUAGACAAGCAGCUGGAGAGAGGAGUGAACAUGUGCCAAUGUCACUUGAUUUCUCUGUUUUUGGGAUGAAGCCACCUACUAGACCAACAAUUAACAGUGCUGAUAGGUCACAUCUGAAGAGGAAAUUAGAUCUCGAAUUUCAGCAACCCGAAGAAGAAUAA